GGUAUAUAAGCCUGUAGCAACAUGCCUCUCCUCACCAACCGCCAUUAGCCCGCAAGCUCGACAUCACCUUCGCCCUCCCAGUCUUUGCCCGUACCAUGUCUAAGGUUUGGCGAACAAGUAUUGAUAGGUUCUCCCAGUUACUGAGGAGGCGUCGCCAUCAGCCCGCCGUCCUCUAUGUCUUCGGCUUGUCCGUAUGGUCAGCCGCCCCCGAGCUUGCUGUUGAGGAGCUCGAGUACCCCGAGGGUGCUGUAGAGAAGAAAAUCGUGAACCUCGUCGAAGGAGAGAACUUUACGCCCGAGUUCCUCGCAGUCAACCCGAAGGCCACUCUGCCUACCUUGCAAGCGGAUGGCGAGGUCUUCACAGAUACCGCGUCCGUCACGCAUUGGCUCGUGAAGCACGCAUCGAAGAAGGUCACAACAGGCACCGCCUUCAUCACCAAGAUUCACGAGGACAAAUACGACCCUAACUUCCCCUUGCUGCUUGUCCGUAAUGAUGACGAAUUGAAAGCGGCAGCGGACGGCUUCCCAAAGCUCUUCGUACAGAACCGCCAGAACGCGCUCGAGAAGCACUCCAAGACCGAGAAGGCCGCGCCGUUCAAGCAGUUCUACGAAGAGAAGAUCGCCGGCAACGGUGGCGUCCUUGCCAUCUACAAGGGCGAGGCGUCCCCCGAUGACUUCUACAAGCAAUCCGAGACUCACUGGAAGACAAUCUCCGACUUCAUCCUGAACGAGCUGCCCGCUACCCUUCCCGAAAGCGGCUUCUUGGGAGGUGCCACGCCGGGAGAGGACGACUUCCACCUGGGUGCUUGGCUUGCACGCCUGGUGCAUGUUAACGGCGGCAAGAACGACAAGGAGGGUAUCAAGGCUCUUGAGAAGGAGACGAAGCAGCCUAUCCCACCGAAGGUUGUUGCAUACUGGGGUGCAUGGACGGAGAGGCCCAGCUGGAACAAGGUUUACGUAGAUGGCCUGCACUAAAGGAUCCAUACCAAGUCGCAGUUCGUAUUGCUGAACACUCCCGAUAGCUUGUGACGUGUGCUCCCUUGUAUUGUAUUGAUCUU